AUGAAUGCCAACAUCAAACCCACCAAGUCCAAUAAUUUGACCGUGCCGAAGUCGCAACACUCAUACUCAACGUCAUUUUCAUCAAACAUAUCGCCCCAGUACUUUCUUCCAAAUAACAACAUAUCAAAGACCAAUUCCCGAUCAGGAGCUGCUAGUGCAUAUAGACUAUCCAGAACCAAUACCAAUACCACUUCAGAUGCAUAUAUUGCGAACAUUGACAACCAAAGUCUUCAAAGUAUUGAUCAAAUCCCCAGUGCCAAACCGAGUGUCACUUAUCUGGACAAACUAUGGACCCAAAUUGAUGUUUUGGACGAUGUCAAACGAAUGGCAGAGGACUCCAAAGUAAGAGAUACCUUAUUUAACGAAAAAUACAUCCAGCAAUUGGCCAAGUUGAAAGAACUGCAGGACCACCUACUACAAACCAUGUCAGCCCUACAAAUUGAGGAUACAAACACCAACGAGGUACAAAAGCAACAGUUAUACCAGUUAAAGACUGCCGAAAUAGCAAGCAAAGCAGAAGGCUCUCAUGACGAAGCUACAAAGUCGUCAAAGAGUGAAAGCUCGGCACAAGACUCACAUGUGAACGAAAAUGAACAAAGAGAUACCGGGGAAGGAAGUAUUGAAUCAAGUAAAGAGUUGAUGUUGACUACAGAAGAGCAGGAAAAGGUUGACAAGUUUUUUGCAGCCAAUGACGAAGAAUACGACUCUGAAGAUGAGACCGACUUUCAGAGUCAAACAAUAUACAACAAGGAGGUGUUUGAUGAAAUCAAUAGGUAUGUUCAACAAGUGAAACAGGACUUGCGUGGAUUAGGGGAUGCAAUGAAGGAGUGUAGUGGUAACAAAGAUACAACGUAA